GGUUAAAAGCGCGCCUUGGGGGUUUGGAGCAAACGAAGGGCUACGACAUGGCGUCCGCCGGCUCUGCUUUGGGGCCGUUGGUGACCGGUCUGUACGACGUGCAGGCUUUCAAGUUUGGGAACUUCGUGCUGAAGAGUGGACUUUCCUCCCCCGUCUACAUAGAUCUGCGGGGCAUCGUAUCUCGACCUCGUCUUCUGAGUCAGGUUGCAGAUAUUUUAUUCCAAACGGCUCAAAAUGCAGGGAUCAGUUUUGACACUGUGUGUGGAGUACCUUAUACAGCUUUGCCUCUGGCUACAGUUAUCUGUUCAACCAAUCAAAUUCCGAUGCUUAUUAGAAGGAAAGAAGCAAAGGACUAUGGUACUAAGCGUCUUGUAGAGGGAGCUAUUAAUCCAGGAGAAACCUGUCUAAUCAUUGAAGAUGUUGUCACCAGUGGAGCUAGUGUUUUAGAAACCGUUGAGGUUCUGCAGAAGGAAGGUCUGAAGGUCACAGAUGCUAUAGUGCUGUUGGACCGUGAGCAGGGAGGCAAGGAUAAGUUGCAGGAACAUGGGAUCCGUCUGCACUCAGUGUGUACAUUAUCCAAAAUGCUGGAGAUUCUUGAGCAGCAGAAAAAAAUUGAUGCUGAGAUGGUUGGGAGAGUGAAGCGAUUCAUUCAGGAGAAUGUUUUUGUGGCAGCUUCUCAUAAUGUUUCCCUCUCUUCUGUAAAAAAUGCACCCAAAGAACUCAGCUUUGGUGAGCGUGCAGAGCUGCCUACGGUCCACCCAGUUGCAUCAAAGCUUCUCAGGCUUAUGCAAAAGAAGGAGACCAAUCUGUGUCUGUCUGCUGAUGUUUCAGAGGCCAGAGAACUAUUGCAGCUAGCAGAUGCUUUAGGACCCAGCAUCUGCAUGCUCAAGACUCAUGUAGAUAUUUUGAGUGAUUUUACUCUGGAUGUGAUGAAAGAGUUGACUACUCUCGCAGAACGCCAUGAAUUCUUAAUAUUUGAGGACCGGAAAUUUGCAGAUAUAGGAAACACAGUAAAAAAGCAGUAUGAAGGUGGUGUCUUUAAAAUAGCUUCCUGGGCAGACCUAGUAAAUGCCCACGUGGUACCAGGCUCAGGAGUUGUAAAAGGCUUACAAGAAGUGGGCCUGCCUUUACAUCGGGGGUGCCUGCUCAUUGCAGAAAUGAGCUCUGCCGGCUCCCUGGCCACGGGGGACUACACUAAAGCUGCGGUUAGAAUGGCUGAGGAACAUUGUGAAUUUGUGAUUGGUUUCAUUUCUGGCUCCCGAGUAAGCAUGAAACCAGAAUUUCUUCAUUUGACUCCAGGAGUUCAAUUAGAAGCAGGAGGUGAUCAUCUUGGCCAACAGUACAACAGUCCCCAAGAAGUUAUCGGCAAACGGGGUUCUGAUGUCAUUAUUGUAGGCCGGGGCAUACUUUCAGCAGCUAAUCACCUGGAAGCAGCUGAGAUGUACAGAAAAGCUGCCUGGGAAGCUUACUUGAAUAGACUUGCUGUUUGAAUGCCUCAUAUACAUUCGUGUGAAGGCACUGCAGAUAUGUGGGCUGCUGAAAGUCACUGACUUGAAAUGAUCAGUCUUUUCUACUGCUUGAAUUCUCCAUGGACCUAUGGUGGGACUGGUUGCUGGAAUUAGCAUGGGCUUUAGGAAAUACUGGAUGAUACUAUGAUUACUGCAAUGAUACUAUAAUAAACUCAUUCUCAAGCUUGC